CAACCAAGAUUAUUGUUGAAAUCUGUGGGUGAUGGAUUGCUCAGAUUCUGCCAGUGUUAAAGCAAAGUCUGAGGCAAAACUUGGUGUUCCGAGGAAGCCUCGAGUUCUACUUGCGGCUUGUGGAUGCGUUGCUGCUGUAAAAUUUGGGCUUCUUUGUCAUUGUUUUAUAGAAUGGGCAGACAUAAGAGCUGUUGUCACACAAUCAUCGUUGCGUUUUAUUGAUAGAGCAUCAAUUCCCAAUGGUGUAUUUGUUUAUUAUGAUGAGUAUGAAUGGUAUAGUUGGAAGAGAAUGGACAUUGAGCUUCUUGAAUGGGCUGAUAUCAUGGUCAUUGCUCCGUUAUCGGCACAUACCCUUGCCAAGAUUGCAGGAGGAUACUGUGACAAUCUACUGACAGGUACUGUGAGAGGAUGGGACCCGAGAAAGAAGCCAAUAUUUGUUGCACCAUCGAUGAACCCUUUCAUGUGGAAAAAUCCUUCGACAGAAAAGCAUUGCAAAAAGUGCAUUGAUGAGCUUGGCAUUUCUCUCAUCCCACCUAUUUCACAGAGGUCAGGUGAAGGGGAAUAUAGUACUGGUGCAAUGGCUGAACCUUCUGACAUUUCCCGCAAUGUUAUGAUCUCUUAUUCGAAGUUUCAGAAAAAGAAUGUUGGUGGGGUUUAGCCAUGUUCACAAUUAUGGCUCCUAUUUGUUUCAUUUUUUUCUUCUAUUGAUUGGUCCUUUUUGAUAUUUUAUUAGUUGCAUCCAUUGUGAUUAUAUGUAGUUGCAGUGUGCUUCUAUAUGAGGGAAAAGUUCAUUCUUACUUGUGUUGUGGUUUACUUCAAUCAACAUAUACAAUUUUUGCAGAAUUACUGUUAUGAAUCAGAAAUUGUCGAAUGACAGGUGAUUAUGGAAAGCCA